CCUCCCCUCUUCUGCUUCACAAUUCUCCAUAACACCAAGCCAAAACUAACUAAAAACCAUAAAAAUAAACACUCCAAAGAUUAAAAAAGUUAUAGUUUUUCCUUGUUAUUGUUGAUCAAAAGUACUAAAAUAAUAAUGGGAGCAAGAUUUUCUAGUAUUCAAGAAAAUGGAACACCUGCAAUUACUGCAACCGCUGCUCCAACAUCACUUCCACCUGCUUAUCAUAUCCCGUCUAGCAGGUGGUCGUCCAAAAAUAGCAUGGUAGAAAGUAGGGUAACACCUGCUUGUUCUCCACAUGUUCCAGCUAAUUGCAAUAACCCUUCUGCUACUAACACUAUAAGGCCUUCUGUUUAUCCUGCUAACAAGACAACUGUGUUUCCUCCUCCCGCUUCGGCUGCCGGUGGCGCAGUCGCCAAAGUGGCUGAAACGAAGGGGGUCAUUUCCUUCCAUUCCGCUACAAAGUGGAGGGAAUAUUUUGAAGCUUCUAAGCAGUCCAAUAAGCUGGUUGUGAUAUAUUUUACGGCUACAUGGUGUGGGCCAUGUCGGUACAUGGAGCCAACCAUCAAUGAAUUGGCUGCUAAAUGCACUGAUGUUGACUUGGUCAAGAUUGACGUGGAUGAGUUAUUUAAUAUAUCACGUCAAUUUGGAAUACAAACAAUGCCAACAUUCCUGUUCAUGAAGAAGGGAAAGCAAGUCGACAAAGUGGUUGGAGCAAGAAAGGAAGACUUUCAGAAGAAAGUUGAGAAGCACAGAGCUUAACUCUAAUUUGAAAUGCUAGCAUUAAUAUAGAGUAGUAGUAUAUCUUAUGACAUAAGUUAGCAUCAAUAAAGAAGUAUGAUGAAUUAGCGAAAUGAGUCUUUUCUCUUCCCGUAAUUUGUAUGAUGUGUGUUAGGUAGGUUGAUUGGUUGAGAUGGUGGUAUAUAGCCAUCAUAUGGCAUCAACCUCAAGUUCAUGUGGUUUUGGGUUCAAAAUUUGGAUAGAUUUCCCACUUUCCCUGUAUUAGUAAAAGAAAAGAAGACGUAUGAUAAUGUGUAUGUAGCCAAGGUAGCUUGGCGUAGUUGAAAAGUUUAGUUUAACUCUUACUCUCGGCAGCUUUAAGUGGUGACAAUUUCCCUUACUAAACUGGUUGAGUUUAGGUAUUAUGUUCAUUAUGUGGAGGAAUUCUAUGUUAUGAUCUUUCUUUAAUAUACAGCCUUUCCUUAAUGAUA